AGAACGGAAUUCCUUCAUCACACAAACCUGAUGGGCCUACAGGGAAGGAAAAAAAAGUCAGUCUUUGAAUUGUUUUCUUGACUUUGAACUAGUUAUUGAACAGUAUUAGUCAAAUAAUAAGAAAAGAAGUGUCCUUUCUGUGCCUACAGAGGAGGUCCUGCUCUCAGAAGUGCCUGCAGUUUUCUUACGUAUUUUCUCAGAAGACAUGGAAGAGCUCCCGGUACAGUGCAGGCGCUUUGGAGGAGUGGGAAGCUAUCUCACUCCAUACCCAGAGACAAUGUGAUGGUGUGAAGAUUAGAGAUAAUGUUGAAACAAUUUCACUCAUAUACAUGCUGUCCUGGUGUAUUUUUCUGAUGUAUGAUUUUAAAAUGUUUAAUUUUCAGGUGACAAUGGCCAGAAUCGGGAUAAAUGAGAGUCGUUCAAAGGAGACCUGUGAAACAAUACUUUUUGCUCUCCGAAUGGCAACAUGGAAUCAGAUUUUAGAUCCCUGGGUGUACAUUCUUCUCCGGAAAGCCGUACUUAGAAACCUGUACAAGAUCACAAGGGGAUGUUGCGGCGUGCACAUCAUAAACUUACAUACGUGGGAACUCAGCUCCAUCAAGAAUUCUUUGAAGGUUGCAGCAAUAUCUGAGUCACCAGUAAGUUCCAAACAAAUAAACCUACAGCCACUUGGCUCUAUGGGACGAUAAAGUUAAACACAGUGUAUGAAGAGAUGAUGGAGGCAAUGCUCAUACAUGGGCAAUACCUUAAAAUUAAUUCCAAGUCUCAGUGGUUUGGCAUUUGUUUUAAAUUUUGAGUGGUUUGCUCUUGUUGCUUACCAAUUUGAUGUUGCUACUCCAAAAGA